UUCAAGUAACAUCCUUAGUGCUGUGGUCUGUUAUUUGUCAAUCUAUAAUAUUUAGUUAUGUUUAUCAGUAUUACAGAUUUAUUUACUUAAAUUUGAAGAAUUAAAUACUUCAGCUGCAGAAGUGAGCUUGUGAAUUAUUGGAAAACCGGAAGAGAAUGACUAUGGAUUCAAGAACACAAUAUCUAAGCGUGUUUCGCCAGUACUUAGCUGCUAUAACAGUUGCACUUUCUAUGCUGACGAUCGGAAUGUCUUCAGCAUGGCCGUCACCAGUGCUUCCCAAAAUUCUCAACCACACUUCACCUGUAACAAUGGACAUUACGGAAAUUUCCUGGAUGGUCUCACUUUAUUUUCUUGGAAACACACUUAGCCCUAUUCCUGCAGGUUGGCUCAUGGACAAGUUCGGUAGAAAAAGAAUUAUGUACAUAUUUAAUGUACUUCCAUUUUCCGCAUGGGUCAUCACUUACUUUGCCAAAUCUGCAUGGCCACUUUAUCUCGCCCGCUUUCUCAAUGGCUUGUGGGCAGGAACAGCUUACACAAUAUGUGCCAUAUACAUUGGGGAGAUAGCUGAACCUUCCAUUAGGGGUUCUCUAUCGAAUUUCAAUAAUCUUCUUAAAAAUGCGGGUGGGCUCUGUGUGUUCGUAGUAGGACCUUACAUUUCCUUCGAACUAUUAGCAAUACUUUGUGGUCUUGUUCCUACAGUAUUUUUCUUUGCUGCUCUUUUAAUACCUGAGUCACCUUACUUUCUACUGAUGAUCAAUAAAAAUAAAGAGGCUAAAGAAGCACUGAGAUGGUUAAGAGGAAACAAAGAAGAAUCCCUUUUAGAAUUAGAACUUACUAAUAUACACAAGGCCGUACUCGCCCAAACAGAAAUCACAGGCAGAUUUAAGGAUAUUUUCACUGACAGAGCGAAUAGGAAGGGGUUCCUCAUUGUUAUGAUUUUAUCCAUAGUGAAGAACAUGAGUGGGUUUGAUGUAAUGCAGGCUUAUACAUCCAUUACUUUGCCUGUGGAAGCUUUCGACUCGAUUGGGCCUAACGAGUGCGUUAUUAUACUCGGUGUUAUAUCAUUGGUAACGAGUGUGCUUUCGAUUUUCUUACUGGACAGAUUUCCCCGGCGGUUUCUGCUAACUGUAUCCUCUCUAGGCUGUGGUGCUAUGACUCUACUCGCAGGAUGUUGGUUUUUCUUGAACGAAAAGACCGAUAUCAAUGUGCGAGACUUUGCCCAACUGCCUUUUUACUCUUUCAUCUUCCAUGCAGUCGUGUACUCGAUAGGGCUUGGCCCAAUAGUUGCCAGUGUAAAAGGAGAAAUGUUUUUCAGCAAACAUUAAGGGUCUUUGCUCAGCGAUAACUACCCUUACCUACGCCAUUUUAGGUUUUGUUUUUACAAAAAUCUACCUCAUUGUAGCGGAAAUGCUGGGCAUAUAUGCCAACUAUUUCAUUUACACCACAGGCUGUAUUAGUGGAACAGUUUUUAUUUUAGUAUACGUGGUAGAAACUGGCGGGAAAACUCUUCAUGAAAUACAAGUAAAACUGAGUGAAAGAAAAAGAACAAAUAUUGUGCUAUAGUUAGCAAAUCGCAGUUAGUAUUUCUUUAUAAACUCUCACCACUAAGUUGAAAUUUCUACAAACACAAUUACUGAAAUUAAGAUAAUUAAAAUGUUGAGUGCAAAAAGUAACUAGGAUUUGAUUCUUCGAAUUGAAAUUAUUAUUUUUUAUAAUACUAUUUACACGAUCGGUUAAAACACGAUAUAACAAGCAAAGCCUAAAAUCUGUUAUACUCUGGUUCAAGGUGUAAUAUAUUUCUAACAUAUAACCGAUGUUCCUCACGUGGGUAAGUGAGAAUAUUUAGGCUGUGUGGCAGAAUGGAUUUUCAAUCGAUUUUCACAAUAACUGGAAUAGUAAACUACAAUUUGUUUUUUAUACGUUUAUGAUCAACAAAUCGACGUGUAAGUGCACCCUACCGUUUAAAACUGUUCCUAGUGUUUUUCGUAUCUUAAUGUUAUUGGUUAAAUAUAUAAUUAUAAAACUGACAUGGCUUAUCGCAGUUCCUUUCAAAUAUGUUAAUUCAGCUAUAAUCCAAAUCAAUAUCCACAAACAGCCAAGUAGUUUAUUGACUUCUCAAAUUAAACAUUAGGGUCCGUAACGGUUUUACUAAUAUUUUUACUCAGUGAUAGAUAUAAAAAUAUAAAAAAAAUAUAUAUAAAUGUCAUUAUAGUGUAUAAAAACAAUAUACACACAGUUUAUAAAGAGAAAUUAUUCAAUGUAUUAGGCCUAACAGAUAAGCAAUAUUUGAUUAGGCUUACAGAAAUUGAUGUAAUUAUUUAUUAAGUAGAGAAAAUGUAUUGCCUAUCAUUAUCACAUCAACUUUUAUAUAAAAAUCACUCUUAUGGCUAUUAGAAAGUAAGGUAAUUUUUUUAUAUACCGUUAGCGGACAAUAACGAGCGUCUGAGACGGAGUAAGCAAUUACAAAUUGAUUCAGGUAAACAAAAAAUUAACCUAAGAAAAUAUCAAAAUAACUGUUACAAAAUGUCAAUAGAAAUAUUGAACGAAAUAUUAACCUUGCCUUUUUGAAACAAUAACAUAUAUGAUAAGGACUGCACAAGUAUUCAAUAAUUAUUUUGUCUCGCCCUAUCGGUUGUGCACUAUAGCUUACAAGGAACAUAUAUGAUACCCCCAACCUGCAUGAGAAGGAUAUGUUAAAUUAGUAUAUUAAUAUAACCUAUUUGUUGCCCUCAUAUGGUAUAUUAUAAGCUGUUACAUUGCUGAAUGAUUUUUACAACAGGUUAUGACAAUAACAUAACAAAGGGAUGGUUUUAUAUAAAACCAUAGAACAGAAUAGAAUAGAAUAGAUUUUUAACAUAGCUCCUACUGGAGAACUAAAUACGAUUACCUGCAGCAAUAUAAUCAGUUACAAUAUUUUGUAUCAGUAUAAUACAAAGCCAAUAAAAAGAACCAACCCAUCAGGACAUAGCCAGUAUUAUGUAUCUAAGCGCCCUUGUAUGAAGAAUGUAGGGGCUACACUUGAAAUAUUCUAUGUAUAUAUUGUAGGUCUACUAUAUCAAAUCGAUAAAAUAUAAAAUCUGUUUUUUUUUUACUUAUUCAUACGUUCGUCAAGUUCGUUAGAUCGAAGUUUUAAAAUGUGAUUAAACUAACCUGAUUAGCGAUUUUUAGUGUAUUUAAAUAAUGUUAAUGAACUUAACUCAGCCAAUCUGAGUUUUCCGACAGUUACUUUUACUCCUAACGAAGCCUCUGGAUUGCUUAUUUAAUACCAUAAUAAUUUCAAAACAAACUGUUGCGGGUAUUUGAAACUAAACUUUAAUAAUGAAGAAAAAUGUGUUAGAGGUUUAAAAUUGUUUUAUGGGGUAAAACUCAAUGGUGUUUCAUAACAUCCUAGCUAUGAGAUACACACUUAUUAAGUAAUCUGUUAUAUGUAUUAAAUUGCGUUUUCGGGGACGAAUUUAAUUCAUUAUUUCCAAUUGAAUAUUCAACUUUGGAUACCAAAUUUUAAGCUCAGUCUAUGCACUCAAUAAAAUAUUUAAAUAUUCCAAAAGGACUUUUUAAUAUUAUAUCAUGAAAUUGCUACCAAUGUAGUUAUUGUUAAAACUUCAACUAACUUCUUAUGUACAUCUCUUUUAAAACACGUAAAUGAUAAAUAGUGUAAACUAUAUGCGUACAAAAGCUUUAUACAUUUGUGCUUCUUCAACUAAAUAUUUACAAACAUUCAUAAAAUUGUGUGUGAUGUAACAUAUGUGGUUGGGAUUGAUCACUAAGAAUGUCAAUUAACAUACAACUUUAAUAUAAAGUUAUGCCUACCAAUACCCAAAAUGCAUGUCUUUGUAACAACCAGAAAACUAAUUUAUUAAAAUUCCCGCGGUAUAACCAUUUUGCAAAUUACAUUACAUAAGAUGACUACACUAAUUAUUUAUUUACAUUAUUGCAAUACCUACGAACUUGGUGCACUUAGUAGCAUAUGGAAAAAACUAUAAGUUAAUAUUUCACGAUGUUCAAAAAUAAUAACUCGUCCCACAAUAAAAAAAGCCAAGCCAGUGGUGUAGUUUCCAAAAAUGGUACCGGUACCUCAAAACUCUGUAAAAAGAUUGGUCAUCCAUUUUUAUAAAAAAAAGGAGAGGCCGAUCCUCUUUUAAGCCUUAUUCUACCCAUUCCCAUGGGCUACUGGUCUGUUUCUUACAACCAGAAUAAACCUUACAAACAGAAUAAAGAGGAGAAUUGGUACAGUAGAAACGCCGACGUCUAGACCACUCGACUAUCAGCUCUCCAAUUUUCUUUACAUGAAUAUGUAAUUAUAUGAAUUUAUUAUUGGUUUGUUUAAUGCAUGCUGUCGACAAUCAGUUUUUUUAACUACAAUCGUUUGCUGUAUAUUUUCAAUCUAGAUCCUGUUAUUUUUUUAUAAUCGUUAUCAAAACAUAUUUAUCUUAUAAUACAAACUUGUAUGUUAAAAUACGAACAGGGUCGCCUCAAUCUAAUAAUUGAACACAAAUAUAAUUUAUUAUAAUUGAUAUUUAUUGUACAAUUUUAAUUCCAUAAAAAUAUGUACUUAAUAAACCCACAAAGUAUUCAAUCUUAGACAGUUUACAGUUUCAGUCGUAAAUGAGCAAUUUUUGAAAAUACACUUCAUAUAUUUAAAUUUUACCUAGCCUUCAUGUGGUACCUACGUGAUUAUUUAAAGACAUAUAUUUAUUUAUAUCUUUAUGCACCCUUUUCGGCCCCCUCCAUUUAAAUACGAGUAGUCUAAAAAUGCCAUAAAUGACGACGAUGAUGAAACCUGAAUCUUUAGUCAAACUCCAUAGGACGGAAACACAUUCUGUAGCUAUCUUACGGAAAUAUGCGGACUCGGAUUUAUAUACAUUCAGUCUAACCUUAAAUCUGAAUCUUCCUACAGAAUAAGGUCUGUUAUUUUGAGCAAUCAGCCCAUCCAUUUCAAAAGGUUUGGAUCAAAUAGUUUAUAGUCAGCUGCAUAUUCGUUUUCAGUAAUACCAGUCAUUACAAGAUAUUAGUGUAUAUUGGUGUGCCUGGGAUUGUAUAGAAUCACCAUAUAAAUAUGUAUUUAUAUUAAAUGUCUAUUUGUUAUUUGUAAAACUACAAAUGUUCUUAGUUGUUAAGUUAUUGCUGAGUAAUACUAGUUUGUUACUAGUCCUAUAUUACAUAGAUCAUUCAAGAGUACUUAAUUUAUUUAUAUAGUAUGAUCGAUAUUUGUUUUGAACUUAAUUAAAUAUGUGCUAUGUAAACUAUUUAUUGAAUAAAUGUUUUUUCGUUAUAUGUUAAU